AUGAACAUAAGAUGGCUGCACCGAUUUACAGUCUUCGCAACAGUGCGGGAAGACACGCGGGCUUGUGUCACCAACGUCUACACCUCGGUGGUGGCGGAGCUGACCCUUGAGAGGAAGAGCAGUUUCACCGCCGUGGAGCAGGGGUCCUUCCGGCCAUGGUGGGCUGGCCUCACCUCGGAGAAGCAGAAACGCCAGGUCUGCCGGCUCCUGGCCCAAGGACGCCUGGAGCUUGUCCUGGGAGGCCAGGUCAUGCACGACGAGGCCGUGACCCACUUUGAUGAGCAGACCCUGCAGCUCACAGAAGGACACGGGUUUCUCUAUGAAACGUUUUGGCGUAGCUGAAGACCCUGCUUGACCUGGCUUAUCUCUUUGCAGAAGGACACGGGUUUCUCUAUGAAACGUUUUGGCGUAGCUGCCACAACCCCGACCCAGUUUGCCCUGGCCGGCUUCAGCGCCCACGUCAUCUCCCGGAUCGCCUAUAACCUGAAGGAGGCCAUGAAGCAGGACCGGAGGCUGCAGUUUGUGUGGCAAGGGUCCAGCUCCCUCUCGGUAAAGCAGGAAAUCUUCACACACGUCCUGGAUCAGUACAGCUACUGCUCUGACAGGUUUUACUGGGAUGGAGAACCUGUGUUCCCAGAUCCACCCAGGGCUGGUAUGUACCCCAACAUGGAUGUACCCGUCACUGAGGGAACCAUCUCAUACUCCAUCAGUAUGUUAUUGGACAAUGUAUUGAAUUGAUUCGCCUGGUUCCGGACACGAUACAUCCUCUGGCCUUGGGGAUGCGAUAGGUAGUUUUUCAACACCUUGGUGCAAUUUGUCAACAUGGACUGUUUAAUGGACUACGUCAACAACCACACAUCCUAGUUCAGCAUCUCGAUGGAGUACGCCAUGCUGGGCGAUUACUUCCAAGCUGUGUACUCUCUCCAAAUCUCCUGGCAGGUCCGAGACCACCAGGACUUCCUGCCCUAUUCCUCAGAAAUAUUUCAGUCCUGGACUGGAAUCUACACGUCCAGAAGUGGGCUCAAGGGGCUGGCAAGGCGAGCCAGCACUCUGUUGUAAGCCGGGGAGUCCAUGUUCACAUGCUACAUGCUGUUGGCUCCCCACCGGUUACUGGACCUGGCCUGGGCCCUGCAGCAGCUCCAGCAGCUCUGCUGGGCAGUCUCCGAGGUUCAGCACCAUGACGCCACCACCGGGACUCACGCCCUCAAGGUGAGUGACACGUUUGUGGAGCACCUGAGCACCGGGAUGCAGGCGCUACGCAAGCUGACGGCCUCCAUCAUCCAGGACAGGCCCCCAGCCCACUCAGGCCCAGAGCCUGGGGGACACUUUGCCGUGGUCUACGACCCCCCGGCCUGGACCGUCACCACCAUCAUUACCCUGACUGUGGACUUGUCCGAGGUCAGCGUCACAGACGAGUCAGGUCACCCCGUGCCUGCACAGGUCACCACUCAUAUGGGAUUAGGGCCCCAUCCUAUGCCAGCAGGACCUCAUCUUAACGUGAUUACAUCUGCAAGGAUCCUAUUCCUAGAUAAGGUGCUGUUCACAGGCACGGGGAUCAGGACUUCAGCAUAUCUUUGGGGAGACACAGUUCAACUGACUACAAAUGUAGUUUGUGUCUCUAUAUGCGUAGAGAGAUUUCCAGGCGCCCAAAUGAUUUGGGAGAGCCCAGUGAAAAUCUCCAAGAUGUGCCCAAGAGCUGUUUUUUUCAGGAGCGGAUGGGACAACAGAUUACGGUCCUUGUUCUUGAGUAAGUUGUGGCAUUGUUCAUGACAGCUGUAAACUGUGACUCACUCAAAGAGCCAUCAACAGCAUUAGUAGAGUGUGCAGUAGGUCUCAAAGUGUGACCCCAAAACCAACAGUGCCAGCAUCACCUGGGAAGCUGUGAUAAAUACAAGUCACCGGACCCUGCCCCCGACCUAAUAAAGCCAGAACUCUAGGGUUGGGCGCAGCAAUACGUGUUUUAACAAGUUUUGCCAGUUAUUCUGUUGCAUGCUCCAAUUUGAGAACCACUGCCAGAGAACACUCAGAAUGAGUGAGCUAUAUCCACCCACAUCAACACAGGUCUUCUUACAUAACCCAGACUGAACAGGCCUCACAGAAACUGCCUUAAACAAGACAGGAUGCUUUGGUUGUGGCAGAGAUGGUUGGCUCCCUACCAGAAUCCAUUCCUCCCCUCCAUCGUAUAAACUAGUUUCAGCUGAGAAGCAGCUCCACAGCCAGAGACAACAUUUCCCAGCUUCUGUGACAUCCAAAGGCAGCAUCUGAAACCUCACCCCAUAAUCAGAGGAACGAGUGAGGCCUUUGGGGGCCUCCCAGCCCCUCCUGCCGGCAACACAAUGCAGCUGAGUGAGUGGCUCCAGGCAAUGCGACAUGAAACGAGAGAAGCAACCAAUGAGCUCUGCUCAGAUUCCUGAACCCCAGAAUUGUGACAAGUGACCCUCAGGGCUCUAAGCCAUUACAUUUUGGGGUGUUUGGAACACGGCAAUAGGUAACUGAAAUAUGUAACUUCUUCUAUGUAAAUCAUAAUUUUGGGGGGCGGGGGAGCUGCACGGCACGUGGGAUCUUAGUUCCCAACCAGGGAUCGAACCCGCGGCCCCUGCAGUGGAAACGCAGAUUCCUAACCACUGGACCACCAGGAAAGUUCCUGUAAAUUGUACCUGUUAUCAGUGCACAAUGUCCUUCUUUUUUCUGUUUCACGCUUUUGUCCUUAAAUUCUCCUUUAUUCCUUCAUUUUUAUACUUUCACUGUCAUUUCAUCAUUGGUGUGUCUCUUGUGAAUAACGCAUACCUGGAUUUUAAGUUUGACUCCAAAUGCCAGAUUCUAUGUCAGCAUGCUCGCUGAUUGCACUUUAUUUCUUCUCUCUUCUAUUUAUAAUAUUUUACUUCGCAUUUUUCCUUUUCUUUCAACUGGUCAGAUUUCUAUUUUAUUCUCUUUUUUCCCCCUCAUUACUUUGAAAGUUCUAUUAGUCUUUUCAGUUUUGUUAGUAGUUAGCUCCUGGGUUUUUUGCCCUAAUAAUCGUGAAUAAGCCUAUAUAUUUUUUAUUGAGAUAACAAAGUAAUUAUUAUACCUGGCCACCACCCAGAUGGCCUUAUCACCUGCUCUUCUUCCUCUUUCUCCCACUGUGGACCAUGUUAACAUCCUCACCAUCCCAUCCAUUCCUGACAACCUAUAUGUAUACAUAUAGCUGAUUCAUUUCAUUGUACAGCAGAAACUAACACAACAUUGUAAAGCAACUAUACUCCAAUA